AUGUCGGUCAAUAAAAUGGCCGAAGAAACGUCCUCAAAUCACCUCGAUGGACAAAGCGAUCCUUCGAAAGGAUCGAGCAACAAUGAGGAACUAGACGACAGUAAUGAUUCAAUCACCAACGAUGAAACCAAUAUUCCAGUCAGCGAGUAUCAAGAUAAAGAUUCAAAAGCUGGCAGCGACACUGAGACUGCAUAUGCAACUGGAGUGAAAUUGAUGUUGAUUGUCAUCAGCCUUCAACUGACAAACUUCUGUAUCGCCAUUGACAAUACAGUCAUUGCCACGGCCAUACCUAGGAUCACAGACCAUUUCAAAUCCUUAUCGGAUGUAGGAUGGUACGCUUCUGCUUACCUAUUGUUUGUUGCGGGAUUCCAGCUGUUCUUUGGAAGACUUUAUAGCUUCUUGAACAUGAAGUGGCUAUUCAUGGCCUGCAUCAUGCUGUUCGAAGCUGGAUCCUUGAUCUCAGCAGUCGCGCCUACCUCUGCUGCACUUAUUGCCGGCCGAGCUAUCUCUGGAUUCGGGGCUUCAGGAAUCUUUACCGGAUCACUCACCACUCUGUCGACGGUUGUCCCCUUGGCCCGACGAGGUCUAUUCAUCGGGCUGGUCACUGCUGUAUACGGCGUGGCUAGCAUUGUUGGACCGUUGUUGGGAGGUAUCCUAACGGACCGCGCAUCUUGGAGAUGGUGUUUUUAUAUCAAUCUGCCACUCGGUGGCCUCACAAUCGUCAUUGUGGCCAUUUGUCUCCAUCCUCCGAAGCCAAUGCCCAAAAAGCUGAGAUCCUGGCAAGAUUAUGUUCUCAGGUUCGAUCCCAUCGGCACGAUCCUGUUUCCGCCGUCUAUAAUAUGUCUCUUGCUAGCGCUGCAGUGGGGAGGGACAACGUACAAAUGGAGUGAUGGUCGAAUUAUCGCGCUCUUGGUGAUGUUUGGGACUCUCCUUCUCGGGUUUGGAAUAGUCCAACCUUUCAUGGGCGACAAUGCGACUUUGAACCGGAAGGUGUUGGCCUCUCGCCACACUGCCUGCGCUACCCUCUACACUCUUUGUGUCAGCUCCUCGUUUUUCGUCAUGGCAUAUUUCAUUCCUAUCUGGUUCCAGGCAAUCCAUGGGGCUUCUGCAGAAAAGUCUGGAGUUGAUCUUCUACCAUUUAUGAUCAGCCUCAUCCUCAGCAUUAUGACGGGUGGCUGGGCUUGCAGCAAGAUGGGUUAUUAUAAUCCGUUCAUGUUCGCUCCCAUCACUCUCGGAACAGCCGGUGCGGGACUAAUCUAUACAUGGAAUAUCGAUACUUCGACGAGCAAGUUGAUAGGAUAUCAGGUUCUCUAUGGCAUUGGCGUCGGGCUCGGCAUACAGCAAGCUGUAGUGGCUGUCCAGGCGGCUGCGAAGAACGUUGACAUACCUAGCAGCAUAGCACUUCUUUGCUUCAGUGAAAAUUGUGGUGGUGCGGUUUUUGUCAGUGUGGCUCAGAAUAUCUUCACCGAAACACUCGCAUCAAAGGUACAGAAUAUUGCAGGUAUCGACCCAGUUCAGGUUGUCAGCACAGGAGCGACAGAGAUCACAAGCCUGACGAAAGACCAUGAUCAACUAGAGGCAAUCAGGGUUGCCUACAAUGACGCACUGUCUCGGGCCUUCUUGGUCGCCCUGGUCCUGUUGUGUGUUGCGACCAUUGGAACUCUUGGAGUGGACUGGAAAAGUAUCAAGCAAACAGGGGACAAGAAUAAAGAUGCUGGAACAACAGAAGACUCCGAAAAUACCAAAGACGCCCAAAAGGAUGAAGGGACCGAGAUAUCCGCCGAGGGCGUUGAACUCAAGGAAGUGUGA